AUGCCGGCGCGGCCAUCGAGAAAAGAAUGGCCCGCCAAAUCAACGACGUCGCUGAGGCGCGAGGCUCCUCCAGAACGGGAGCAAGCAAGUAGACGGGCGCGCCGCGCGUCACCCGUGCAGAAACAGCCUGAACUGCUCGAAGCGCUCGAGAAGCUGGAAAAGCAAAGCCGGGAGCUACGCGAUGCGCGCACCAAAAACAACGCGCUACACGAGCGGCUCCGGCAAGCGGAGCAGAAGCGUUCUGACGAGCAACUGCAAAAUCGGAGUGAGAUGCAGCAACUGUCCGUGCUGCUGGGAAAAAUGGUGGGCACGGUGGAGGAAGGAACGAGUCGGAUGUCCGAGGAGAACGAGCUUCUCAAGGACGAAAACAACGCGCUACACGAGCGGCUCCAGCAGGCGGAACAGAGGUACUCCCACGAGCAGCUGCAAAGUCGGAAGUACAUUCAGCAACUGGCCGCGGUGCAGGAACAAAUUAUGGGCGAGGUGAAAGAAGAAAUGGAUCAGCUACGCAAGGAGAACGAGCUCCUCAAGGAACAGUACGAAGCGCGGUUGGCGCGCUAUGAUGAGGAAAUUGCCGACGUGGAACGCGAAGCCAAAGAGACGAUCG